GUCCAGUCCAUAUUUUACCCUAUGCCUAAAAGCCAUCACCCUUUUGAGACCUUCUACUUCACAUAUCAUUUUUUCACACCACAGGUAACCCGAGGUCCUUACGCGGAUACAUCUUCGAUCACCAAGAGAUUAUUGAUAAUUUCUUGUCUUCACUCAAAUUGACGUCAUUCAGCAGUAGGGAAUGAAAAGCCGUGAUUUCUGAUCCAUCUAUGAUGAAAGGCAGGGACUGACCUCGAAAACUUUGGGAAAUGAAGGCUAUUACACAUCUCAGAUAUACACUGAAAUGGGAAAUAAAUGAUGAAGAACUAUUAUCGUUUUAAAACGAAACUAUCUUCAAAUAUUACUGGGUUCUAAUUUCCGGCCUGCAAGGAUGCCAACUUCCGGACCGCUGUAGUUGAUCAUGUGAUCAAUUGGUCUAGAGUGGAGCGCACGAAUUUACGUCCCGUUUUCUCGCCUAAUUACAUCUCUACGGACUUCUGAUGGAAAUAAGUUCCUUCUCAAAGCUCCCCUUUAUUCAGAAGGCUGAGGUCAUCUUCAGCUAGUAUUCGUCUCGAAACUGGAAGUCACUGAAGGUAAAUUAAACGCUUGCCGGAAGUCCGUCUUUGAAUUCAAUUUGAUAAAACAAAGGUCAUGUCGUUGUCAAGUACUACUUCAACAGCUGGCCAGCUGCACAAAUUAUGCCGUGAGGGGAAUGUGACUGAAAUCCGUCUAUUGCUUCGAGAAAUAUCCGAUGUCAGCAAAUUGGAUGAGCGUCUAGGUUUUCUGGGAUACACUCCACUUCACGAGGCAACUAACUUGGGACAGACCAGUGUGGUUAGAUUAUUACUUCUGUUUGGUGCCAACCCAAAUGCAAGAGCCAAUGGAUUUUAUACACCUCUUCACAUUGCAGCAUCAAUGGAUAACUUGGACUGUGUGGAAGAACUUUUGAAAUAUAAUGCUGAUAUUACCAGCAAGGAUGAGUUUGAAAAAACUCCAUAUGAAACCGCUGUGAUUAAUAAUUGCAAGAGGACAGCUCGUGUCCUCAAAACUGAAGAGGUCAAGAAAGCAGCUAGAGAGAACAGUCCCAAGUUACGUGCAUUGCUGACGUUAAUUUCUCCCCAGGAUGUUUUACACUCAUGCUUUAAGGAGGCUCUCCUUGAGGCAUCAAGAGGAGGUCACCUCGACGCCAUUUGUUCUUUAGUCCUCUCAGGAGGGAGACAUUCCUUACACCUUAAAGACUGCAUUGUGCAAGCAUUACAGGGUCAUUUCUGUGAGGCAGCAGCCAUGCUGCUGGCAUGUUAUGCAGCAAAGCAUGAUAAAAAGAAGCUUCUAAAAUAUCUACUAAAGGAAGAAAUGAGCAGAGAGGAAGAGCAGAAGGCUAUUGCGGAAUUGCCAGCUGCUGUGGUGCCAACCGAGGAUGAUUUUGCCCGAAUAAGGGCAUGUAUUGCUGACAAAGAUUCAUUUCAUAUUGCAAUACCUAUUGGACUAGGAAUUCAACAACAACGAACAGAAGCUGUGGGAAUCAUUCUCUUCAAUACAAACUGCAAUGAGGCACAAAAAAGAAUUGAUUGGCCAAGACUUGCUCUUGGUGAUGUCAAUCCAUCUUGGUUGGAGAAAGUCACAUGGGUGGAAAAACUCUACUUAGCUUCAAAUCUGCUUCUAAGUGUACCAAAAAAUAUAAAGAUAUUAAAUAAACUGUACUGUUUGGACUUGAGAAGAAAUCAAUUAAGGAGUAUACCUGCCAGUUUGCUUGAAAUGCCAAAUUUACGAGAACUUAAGCUCUGCUUCAACAAAAUUGUCGAGCUGCCUAAGAGAUGUAAAUGGAGUCCAUCACUCAAGAUGCUCUAUUUGAGUGAUAAUCAACUGCAAACAUUACCUGGACGCAUGGCAGAAUCCAAGUUGUCAAUAUUGUACAUAGCAAGGAAUAAUUUGUAUGAAGUACCCCCAUGUAUUUGCAAAAUUACAACACUACAAUCACUGGACCUGUCUAGCAACCCAAGACUGACUCAGCUUCCACCACAAAUGGGAAGACUCACCAAUAUUGAGAUGCUCAAAUUGGAGAAUUUGGAUCAGCUGACAGAUCCCCCAGAAGAGAUCAAGAAAAAUGGUAUCAAAACCAUAAUGUAUCUUCGGAACAUCUUGCGCAGGUCAGAGGGGUAUUACACUUUGAAGCUGAUGUUGGUUGGUCGGGCUGAACAGGGAAAGACAACGUUGAAGCACCGACUGAUGAGGGACUAUAACUAUAAUGUCAACAACUCAACAAAUGGGAUUGCUAUGGACGAAUUCCGUUACAAUCGCAAAGAUUUUGGUCUCUUUUCGAUCCAUCCGGAAUUUGUGUUUAAGAUUUGGGAUUUUGGUGGCCAGGAGGAUUUUUAUACCACGCAUCAAUGUUUUCUUUCAACUCUGGCUCUGUACCUUCUGGUAUGGAAUCUGGAGGAAGGUGAAAGAGGAAUCGAGAUGCUUACGAGCUGGUUGGACACAAUUGCUGCCAGCGCUGCCAACACCAACCUCGUCAUUGUGGGAACACACCUGGAUAAGGUACGGAAAGAGAAGGAAAAGGGGUUCCCAGAGCGCAUGCGUGAACUAGUAUGGAAGCUGGUUUCUUUACCGAAGUACAAUCGAAUAAAUGUCAAGGGAAUAAAGGAAGUCAGCUGUGCUUUGAACAACAGAGAAGGCAUUGAUGACCUCAGAGUCACCAUUUACGAUGUUGCAAGGAGCCUUGAGAAGAGCGGCAGAGGACAGGUAUUCGUCAUGGGGGAAAAAAUCCCACAUAGUUUUCUGUCAGUGGCAGAUGUCAUUCAAACCAAGCGACAGGAGCUGCGGGAUAAUGGCCGCAUGCCAAUCUUGCACAAAUCCGAGUACGAGGCGCUUGUCCUGGACACCAUAAAGAACGACGAUCUGGAUAUUGAGGACACUAACGAUUUGACGGAAGUCACGCAGUUUAUGCACGAAAGAGGAAUUUUGAUGCACUACAAUGACCCAAAUCAAGAUCUUCAGGAUCUUUUCUUCAUUGAUCCCCAGUGGCUUUGCGAGUUGAUGGCACAAGUCGUGACGCUACCUGUAGUUAAUCCGUUCAUUCAUAACGGCGUCUUGAAGCUUGAAGAUCUACCUCAGAUUUUUAGAGGUGAGCAGUUUCCGCACGAAAACUCCCCGCAGUUCAUUCGCCUGUUGAAUCGUUUUCAGAUCGCUUGCUCCUUGGACGAAGGUCGCGUCCUCAUCCCUUCCAGAUUAUCGGCCCAACAACCGGAUGAAGCGACGAAUGAUGAUUUACCGUUCAUUACACUGAAGCGGCUCCAUUCGUUGCCAUACAUUCCACAUGGGUUUUGGUGUCGGCUCAUUUCGCGCCUGUUAUAUUACAUGAAAGACAUGCUGUCUAGCGGAGAAAACUUCAACCGCCAGGAAUACAACACCAUCCCGUUUCAGCUGGACCCCUUCUGCUGUCGGUGUCCUUUGACCGUGUAUGGUGUCCCAGAUGGUGGCCUGGUGGAAAGCGACUAUGAGGGGCAUACCUCCCCUUCUAUAAAUCCCGCACUCGGUGGAUCGCUCGAGAAUCUGCAAGGAUCUCUCAACGAUUUUCCCGGUAUCGUUCGAUUCUUUAGUGGUCAACGCCACGGAAAUUACAUCAAUGGCAGAUUUUUCGCUUAUCCCGACUUGGAUGGCGGUAGCUCUCGGAGUGAUUCGGGGUUCGAAUACAGUUCGGAAGACGACGACGAAGCUCGCACCAAGUCGGCAGGUACUACUGAUCGGACAUUUCCUGGAUCAAGUUCCAGGGCUGGCCCAAGAAGAAACAGAAGAAUAUUUAAACAUGGCACUGAUCCAGGGAGACGAGGUCAAGAAGAUAAAAUUGCUGAUUUGGAUAGUGGAACUCCUAAAAGUGAUUCAAAUGUACCUAUCUUACGCCAAAAUUUUCGUUUAAGCACUUCAUGUCCGAGCUACGAAGACGGGUCUUGUGAUACGCUUACUUCCGAAGUUUCGUACACCAGCCCUGGAGUGCCGCAAGGUUCUUCCCCGGCUGACCACCGGCCAUCUGCCAACUGCAUGGCUGAAAAUGAUGAUGCGGAAAAUUUAUCUCGACGAGGGGAACCUACCGAUAUCGAAGCUAGUCAAGAUCUGAAGGAUAUCAGCAAGAGAGAAAGUCCCUCUGUAAAAAUCGACGGUUUUCUAGACGACAAAACAACUCAGCAUAGCAACAGUGAUGAUAGCGAUAGUGUUCCUUACCUCUCCGCUGGAUCCAGAUCGUGCACUCCAGACCAUACUCCUCGUGACCAAACCGACAACCAUCAGAACAGCUCCGAAUCAGAAGCGGCUGGGGAAAAUCCUGACCUAGGUCUUCAUCCUGUAGGUCGUACCCCUGAUGGCUUCAAUCAGAACUGUUCCUUGGCGACACCCGAUAAGAAAUCUAACAAUCCUUCCUCAACGGAUACUUGUGAAGUCCCUGAAAUAGGCCAACCCGACGAUCGCCUUGUUGCUGAUAACCCUGAACGGUUUCCGCAAUCGACAGAAAGUUAUUCAGAAGGACCACAUGAUCAGCAAGUUACUGUAGAGAAGGAAUUCGACGGAGAGAUCUCUUCCGCGUUAAACGGCCGUACAUCUGAUAAAGAAUCCAUCCUGGAGUCUUUUCAUAGGGGUUCAAGCCGAGGUUCUGGUGAAACUGGAGACGUAUCCAUGGAGAUACGGACUGUUGAUGACGACAAGGAGACAAGAGCCGGGAACCAUUUGUCUGACAGCACCGCCUGUGGUAUUCAGAUUGAAGCGUUUGAAAACGAGUUCGUGUCGCACUUAUCGUCGUACAGUUCUCCAAGUACAAGUUUUCAAUCCGCUGAUAUCGCGAUAGGAACACCACAAAGGACUUCAUCUUUUGCUGCUUCUACACCUAAACAUCCUACGGAUGGCACCUCCGCAGAGGGCAGGAGUGACAAACCACGGAGUGAAACACCACACCUUCCCAACUGCCCGUUUGUGGAGGAGUUCCCCGUCGAUUGUCUACCGGAGUUACCGACAGAUCUGGCGACGCUGAUAGACGACAAUUUCCUUCACUGCUGGAAAUCUGGCGUUUGCCUUCGUCACCCACGGUUGUUCCUCCUGCUGCACUGUGUCCCUGACACCGGAUCUGAUCGACAGUUGAUUCGAACGGAAGUAAGCCCUUGCCGUCAAGGUCGGAGGGUUUUGAGUUUCGCGGUUGACCACAUCGACACGCUCAUUCGCGAAUGGUACCAAGAAUUAUCGACGACGGACGGACAGCAACCCAAAGUCAGGCAGCUUAUUCCCUGUAUGAUGUGUGAAAAACUCGGCCUUGCACCCUACAAGUUCACGUUUGCCGAAUGUCAGCGUCAAAGUGCAAAGUCAGACUUAAUCCGUUGUCCCAAUCACCCGAGCUGGGAAGUUGAUCUUCACCAGGUUGCACCUGAUAUAAUGUUACAUGACGUAGAUCCUGAUUUAUUGUUGUCGCACGAAGACGUUACAUAUGAGGACGCCGACUCGAGUAUUCUGGGAAGUGGAGGCUUUGGAAAGGUCGUUCGCGGGGAAUGCCGAGGACAGGCAGUCGCCAUCAAGUUCUACAUUCAAAGCGAUGAAUCCGAACCCUUAAGGCAUUACCGCGAGGCGCGCAAGGAACUGAACGUGCUGCGUCGUGUACGACAGCAUCCUUUCCUUAUCAACAUCAUCGGUGUGUCUUUGCGCCCCUUGUGCCUUGUGCUGGAACUAGCAGAGCGCGGGGCUCUCACCGAAAUCUUAUCCAGCCCAAAGUUGAUUGAUCGCAUUGUUCUCUUUCGGAUUGCAUAUCAAGUUGCAGACGCACUGAGAUUCCUUCAUGACAUGGGUGUCAUCUAUAGAGACUUAAAACCCGAAAACGUCCUUGUUUGGUCCUUGGAGGAACACGCUGAUCUUCACGUCAAGCUCAUUGAUUUUGGUACGGCGAACUUCGCGACUUCGACUGGUUUGAUUUCAUGCGCUGGAUCUCCCGGUAACCAUGCACCUGAGAUGUUGGAAUCAGCAAAUAAAGAGGAAUACACCUUUCAAGUAGACGUAUAUUCGUAUGCGAUCCUCCUUUACCGAAUUAUCACCCGGUUAAUGCCGUUCAUCGGGUACGAUUCAGGUGCAAAAAUCAACGCGGCUGUAAUUGCUGGAGAGCGUCCGCAGUGGCAGCACGUUCCAGUAGCGACUUUCGGCUUGCCGACGCUUACCGAACUUAUGCUUCGAUGCUGGUUGGGUAGGCCGACCAAGAGACCGACGACCGCUAAAAUAACCGAGCAAGUCUGUCAUCCCGCGUUCCAGUGUUUGAUAGCCAAGCAGCUCAUCCCUUCAGAUCAACAGUCUGUGCGUCAUGCUUGUCUCGUGCAAGAUUCCCUUGAUCUGUGGAUAGCUUGCGAUGACCACACGGGCAACCGAAUUUUUGUCUACGAUGGUCGCACACUCAGCAUGAAGUUUUCUUUUUCAAUUGAAACCUAUCAAGAGCAGCGUCUCUUGUUUCAGAUCCAGUACAUGCAUGUUAUGGCACCUUUCGUCUUAAUCGCUGUUCGUGGAGAGUUUGCCUUGGUCAACGCUUACUCCACUUCGUUUGAGUCGCGUUACAAGUACGUGGCAUCCAUGAGAUUCGACCAACCAGUUAGCUGCGUUGCAUCAAACGAUGAGUACGUGUUUGUUGGACUUUACGAUGGAAACGUGCAUUGUAUCUUGAAAACAGAUAUGAAAAAGAGCUUCAGGAAACGUGCUUUUCACAGCUUCAAUGUUGGACGCCACCGAAUUCUGUCACUCACAGUGGCACAGGAUAAACUCUGGGUAUCCACGAGCCGAUACAUUUACAGAUAUUUAACAAAACCAGGCGAAGUGGAGGCUUUCGAUAUCGACGCCGUGUGGUACGGUGGCCCUGAGGGACUGGAGAACAACCCACAAACGCAAAUCUCCUUUCUAAAGGUUUCUCGUGACGAAAAAAGCGUUUUGUCCGUGUGCAGGUCCGUACUCAGCAAAUGGGAUUCAGAAAACAGGCAGAACCACUUCAGCGUUGACUGCGCAGUUGUUCUUAGGAGUCUCGCUGCGGAAUCCGAGUCACACAAAGAUCACGAUGACGCGAUUGCGUGUAUUACCUGCGUGGAGCCCACGAGUGACUCUAUUUGGGUGGGCAUUGCGAGUGGCCACAUCAUGAUAUUUGAUUCGGAAACAGGACUUCUACUCACUUGGUUUCGUCCUUUUGACGAAACACGUAGUCUGACCGUUAUCAAUUCUCCUGGUCCCUGCGGCACUGAGCAAGGAUACGUCGUAAGUACCGGGAAAGGGUUAAGACCGGACGGAUUAGGCCCGGUAUGCGAACUUUCGGCGGAACGGGUGACAGAAAUCCCGAGGGAAGAUACAAAUCGUAAAGUGAGUGAACCGGAACGAAAGAAGAUUCACAGAAGAAAUUCAACAGGAAGAAAACUCAGGACUCCUACUCCGCCCAUAGACGAGCAGGAAAACGAUACCGUUGACGCAAACCCUACUUUGCGGCCGAAAUGUUCCAUGAUGAUGUGGGAACUGUUGUCCAAGAAUGGCUUCGCAAGAGUAGAAGCCAAAAGCGGCCGAGAACGCUCUUCGUGCAGUCAUGGUACCAAAGCAAAAAGUAGUGAUCAGCCCUUGCAGAACGGCGAUGAAAAUAAUCAACAGUGAAAGUUACAGAGAGCUCAUUGUCAUGGUCUCAUUCUUUGAAGAUCAGGUAAAAAUGCCCUGAAGAGACUGGCAAGCAUAUGACGGGUGUCGGGGCAAGCGCGCUAGCUCGACCAUUUAAACCAGAGUGGUUUCUGAUUCUUAUUUCUAUUCAUUACAUGGAAUAAAAUAACAGAGAACUGCUGGCUUGGCCAGUUUUCUAUAAAUACAAUCUUUCCAACCUUGUUCUCAGGGACUGUCUUCUCUUCGUCAGCUGAGGCAGAAGAGAGAGACGGAGACAGGUCAGAAGUGGGAAGAAUAGAAAGCAUGGAAACGUCUCAUCUGUUUUGGUGUAGAGAAAAUUCAAUUAAGGUGCCUUGAUGUUGCCUGUGUACAAUGUGGGUCAAAUUCAAUGUUGUAAGAAGUUGAGAUUUAUUUUAUCUAAAAAAACCGACCAAAUGGGUACUAUUUUAUUGCGGUUAAAAUUUUUUGUAAUUGAAUAAAUUCGCACGAAGGCUCUGCGAUUACGUCAAUUACGUCUUUUUUUCCAUGGAAUAAGAAGAGAAGAAAAACGAAACAUCUCUAAAUGCAUCACUUGUGAACAGCUUUUUUAUUUAUCUCGUCAAUCCGCUGAAAUCAUUCUUCUCUUUUAGCAAUUGUUUAUUCAAUGUUGAAGACUUGAUUUAAUUUUUUAACCAAAUCCAUAUUUGUUUUAACUUUCACCGACGCUAACAGUUUAGAGUAAGUUAAGUUGAUAAUACAUACAAUGGCUCAGAGAAGGUGCACCUCCAAUCACUACUGCAGAGCGUACAUCUCCCGGACAGAAAAACAGAAAUCAAGAGAGUGUUUUCAGCAUGAGUGAAAACACGCACUAUCCUUAUUGUCUGUUGUAAUAUGGUGUUUUCAUUAACUUUGAGAAAAGUUGUUUAUUUGAUGUAAAAUCUAGUUUUUUUCACGGCUCUUGUUUGGUCUUGACACACAACCCUCAAGGUCGUUGACGUGUUGUGAGACGAAACCAAGCAACGGUUACAAAGGAGGCCAACUUGGAAGACAAAACAGAACAAAAAUUUCACCGUCUAAUUGUUAUCUUUAUCAUCAUACAUGUUCUGCUUCUUUGUUGACGUUCAAAUCAACUCGCGGCCAAAAAGGGACUU